UGUUUCUGUUGUGACAGCUGUGCAGCUCAAAGCUUACUGCAGAGAAGAAGCCAAUUCAUCACCUUAUCUUCACAUAAAAGUAACUAGCUAUACAGAUUCCUGGACAUUAACUAAAACAUACUGGAACUGCCUAGAUUAAUCAAGUCGGAAAACAAAGAAAACCAAAACAAUUUGAUGACAAAGCACACUGACUGGAGAUGUGUGCCGCUGUCUAUGUCCUGUCGACGGUAACGGGCUAUGUGCUCACCUCUGCCCUGCUGCUGAAAUGCCCGACUCUUCUGCACCGGAGGAAGCGAGAGGCUUUCCUCAGCAGACACAUUUCCCACCGUGGAGGAGCAGGUGAAAACCUAGAAAACACAAUGGCAGCUUUCAAGCAUGCUGUGGAUCUUGGCACAGACAUGCUGGAGUUGGACUGCCACCUGACAAAAGAUGAACAGGUUGUGGUUUCACAUGAUGCCAACCUGCAAAGGUCCACCGGCAUCAACGCCUACAUCGCCGACAUGGCCUACGCUGAGCUCCCUCCAUACCUUUGCAAGCUGGGUGUCACUUUUCAGAGGGAGUGUUUCUGCGAGGGGGGAGAUGACAAACGCAUCCCUCUCCUCAGGGACAUCUUUGAUGCAUUUCCUAACACCCCUGUCAACAUUGACAUCAAGGUCAACAACAGCACACUCAUCAAGAAGGUCUCCGAGCUGGUCAUCAAAUACGACAGAGAGCAUCUGACUGUGUGGGGCAACGCCAGCAACCAGAUUGUGAAGAAGUGUUACAAAGAGAACCCCCGUAUUCCAGUGUUGUUCAGCUUUCCCAGAGUAUUACAGCUGCUAGGCCUCUUCUACACCGGCCUUCUCCCCUUUGUUCCCCUCAAGGAGCAGUUCCUGGAGAUCCCAAUGCCCUCUAUUAUUACCAAAUUAAAGGAUCCUGACAGAUUAACUAAGAGUCAGCGAUUCAUCACCUGGGUUGCAGACACCUUGCUGAUGAGGAAAGCUCUGUUUGAGCAUCUAACUGCCAGAGGAAUUCAGGUGUACAUCUGGGUGUUGAACGACGAGGAGGACUUCCAGAGGGCAUUUGACUUGGGAGCCACAGGAGUUAUGACAGAUUUUCCCACCAGGCUUAAAGACUUCAUGGACCGGAAUGGCAUUUCUAAGCCCCAGUGACCUGCCAAAAUCUACCUCACACCCCCAAACACACACACACACACACACCAGUGAUUAUCCUUCAACCUGACUGACCUGCCAAACAAGCCCCCCCACGCGUCCACUUUUACUGCAUGCAUUCCAGCGGGGCUACUCGCACACUGUUUUACAGUCGGUAGGGAUCACCGUCAUGUUUUGCACUGAUCUGAGGAACCAGUAGUCACACUGGUAGCACAAACCCAUGUAUUUUAAAUCCUAAAAUGCUUAUAAAGGACACAAACUGUACUUGCUAUAUGCUAUUAUCUCCUUUAAGUUGUGUUCUUUGUCCCCAAAUAGACACUGACACACACACACACACACACAGCAGUAUGAGAUUUGUGUUGGCAUUUCACAGUUAUUUAAAACCACAUGAUCCUUUAAAGUACACCUAUAACAUGGAACAAAAUGGCAAUUGCAAGUCUUAUCAGUCUUGAAUUCCAUAAUCGAACGCCUUCAAGUACGUAACUGACAGUUUGCAGUACUGUGCUAGCAUAAACACCAGCAGAUGCAGCUGUAAUGUUAAUUAGCUGCAGCUGUAUUAUUAAUUAAUUAAUAUAAUAGUAAUUUAGCAGCUGCUUUAUAAUGCUUUGAAGUGUUUUUUUUCUUUUUCGUUUUUACAAUCUGUUACUAAGCACAUCAAUAAUAUACAAAUUGACUCAGUUGUAAGAUAUUUUUAUAGACGCCACAUGCAGCCAAACAUUUGAUAUGUGUUACAAAUAAGAGCGUGCAGGCACAAGCCCCUUAGUUACACUGAGUUUUGGUUUCAGAUCAACAUGGACAGUGUGAGUACUGAGGCGCCACUGGUGUGUAUUUCAGUUUUUGGCACCGGCAAGUUAAAUUUAACUGUGGAUUGUACUGUAAAAACUGUUUUUAUAUGUUGUUUUUAAAGACAAUGGGUUGCAUAGCUGUGUCAUAGCUGCUUAGUUUAGAUAUUACUCUGAAUCAAACGAAUUGACUGGGGCGUCACUUGUCCAUUAUUUAAUCUGAGAGCAAUUUGCACAACAGAGAAUAUUUAAUUGUUUUUGUUUUAGUAAUGAGUUGUCACCUGUGUUAAUGUGAUCAUAAAUGGUGUUUAAUUUCAUAUUCAAGAAGUAUGACACAAUGUGUGGGCUUUAAACUUUAUUGUCAAGAUAGUAGAGGCACUGAUGCAUGUUGUUUGAUUGCUUUAUUGCAGUGAUUUGAAAUUGAAAUGUAUUAAAGACAGCAAUUGUCUAUUGAUCCCUCGCUGUGGGGUGUCACAGUUUGAAUGUGUAAAGAUCAUUAAGAUUAUCAUACUGCUGACGCGCUCUAAUCCAAACUUGUGACCACACAGCGAGGGUCAAUAAUGAAUGUAAGAUUGGUUGAAUGUACUGUAUGUUUGCUAUUUUACAAUCAAAACCGUAUUGUGGUUUGAUUUUCUUCAGUUUGUUGUCAGACAUUUUUAUUAUUAGUGAGUGUGAGUGAUUGAUAUUUAUUUUAUACCUGAUAAUUUUACAUUGUUCAUUCAGAAUCAUUGUUCUUUGAGAGAAACACUUGUGAUCUACCAAUCAUAUUACAGAUCUUUCAGCAAUUAAUAUACUCUGUACAAUGUUUUGAUUACAUUAUCUGUGCUGUACUGAGUGUAUGUUUGUUUUGCAUGCUCAAGUGAUUAUUUGUUGAGCUGUUGGGACUUUAACAGAACCAGUUGUGGGACCUGGCUGCUUGGUUCAACCAAAAUGCCUUAUUCCACUAUCUCCUUAUUAGAUUCAAUGGGAGAUUAUUGAAAAACUACAUUUUUUUCUAUAUCAAUAAAGACUAAAAUAUUGUCAUAAA